AUGACAACAGCUACACCUCAACCUCUUUCUGCGUACAGCCGAAUCGUCACUGGAGGCACUCUUAUUGCCAUUAUCAGUUGUUCGUUUCUUUUAGGGGUUCUAUUUGCCAACUGGCCAUAUACAGACGGACUUUUAUGGACUGUCCAUGAGAGUAUUGAACAACGGGAAGAUGCCGCAAGGAGAGCAUUGUCACAUUACAUCCACUGGUUGGAAAUCCCAAAGUACAUUCCAUACACCAUGUAUGUGAUUACCGGUGUCGGGUUUUUAGGUCUCGCCUCUAAGAUCAUUAGUCCUAACGAGGACGCCAAGUAUUAUGAGUAUGGAUCCUUUGUUGUUUUCAUCAUUGCAGUUUGUUGUUAUAUUUCCAAUGUCAGAUUUGGUGCGUAUUCGGCACAGGCUGGCCAAUGGGGGGAAGUGGACGAAUUCACUGGGUUGACUGUCAUUGCAGCAAGUGAAGUCAUUAUAGUUUUCCUUUUGCUGGGCAUUGUCAUCAUCCAAUCUGGAAUCUUCUAUGCCCAGUACGAGGACGACAAGGUCAAGGCCGACUUUUUGUUGAAGGAGUUGAAGACCAAGUUGGCCCAACAAGAAUUCAAGGAAGCUCAAGCAUCUAAGGAGUCUAAUGCUAAGGCUUCUGGCGCUCGUGUCUCCAAUGCAAACAAUGACAAUUCUACAAAGAGGAAGUAG